AAUCUUUGUUGGGGUUUCAAAGCAUCUAGUCAGCUGAUUGGUUUGAAUUUUCUAUCCUCUAAACACCUUCCGAUAAAGCUUCACAAUGGGGUCCUCGCGUUGUGUGGUAUUGUAGAUAUUAAAGUCAUCUAAAAUGGAAAACUUUUCUAAUUAUUUUAAUACUAAUGGUUCGGUCGUGGCUAAUGGAAAGACUAAUUCAUACCACAAAAGCGAUGUGUGCAUCAACGAUAGUUUACCGAAAGAGUUAAUCAUCAGGGUUUUUUCUUACUUAGAUAUCACUACUCUAUGCAAAUGCUCUCAAGUUUGUAAAUUUUGGUAUGAAUGUGCUUUCGAUGGGAGCAACUGGAAGAGUAUUAAUUUAUUUGACUUCCAGCGAUAUGUGCAGCCCAAAGUAGUUGAAAAAAUCGCCCAGAGAAGUCGCGGCUUCCUCCGUGAGUUGAGGUUGAAAGGCUGCCGAAAUGUUACUGAUGAGGCUCUAAAAUGUUUUACUGAACUUUGUCAUAUGAUUGAAAGUUUGGACUUAUCGGGAUGUCAAAACUUGACGAAUGGAACUUGCGAUUAUUUAGGGAAAAAUUGUUCUCUUCUGACUACUUUGUCCUUGGAAAGUUGCUCUCGUAUAGAUGAUGCUGGAUUAGAAAUGCUAAGCUGGUGUUCAAACCUAACAUGUUUGGAUGUGUCAUGGUGUAGUGUUGGAGAUCGUGGGCUAACCGCUAUCGCCAGAGGAUGUAAAAGUUUACAAAGAUUUCGUGCUAUAGGUUGUCAAGAGAUAACAAGUCGUGGUGUGGAACAAUUAGCACGUCACUGCCAUGGUUUAUUGCUGUUAAACUUGAAUUACUGUGGACAGGGUGUCACAGAUGAAGCUAUGGUUCAUCUUUCCAUUGGUUGUCCUGAUCUACGUGUACUAGCUAUAUCACAUUGUUCAAUAACUGAUCAAGGUCUUCGUGCAAUUGCUGGCACAUUAUCGCCAGCUGCAGCAGCAGCUAUCGUUGGACAAGCUACAUCUACCAGUCAGCAAAAUGGGAUCCCUUUAAUUCUUCCGGUAGCAACAAGCAAUGGAAGCGUUAAUAAUCAAGAUGCUUCAUCACCAAACGGUAAUGUUAAUAAUCAUGGAGAUCGAGAUAAUAAUCGACGCCAAAAAACUAAUGAUUCUAAUAAGAUAACAUUGAUUCCAGUUGGAUGUGUUAGCUUAACAACUUUAGAAGUGGCUCGUUGUUCAGCUAUCACAGAUAUUGGUCUAUCGGCAAUCGCACGUGUUUGCAAUAAACUUGAAAAGUUAGAUCUAGAAGACUGUGCGUUAGUGACUGAUUCAACGUUAGCUCAAUUAGCUGUACAUUGUCCACGUUUAAAUACACUAGUAUUAUCACAUUGUGAUCAAGUGACUGAUGAAGGUAUUGCACGUCUAGCUGAAGGUCUUUGUGGUCCUGACCAACUGCAAACAUUAGCUAUGGAUAAUUGUCCAUUAUUAACAGAUGCUGCUUUAGAACAUCUGGGCAGUAAUUGCCGUAAACUUCGACAGUUAGAUUUAUACGAUUGUCAAUUGAUAACAAAACAAGGAAUCAACAGUUUAGAGUUACAUUAUCCUCAACUUCAAAUUCAUGCCUAUUUCGCUCCUGGUACUCCGCCUGCAUUGACUUUUGCAAGACGACGUCGUUAUUGUCGGUGUUGUCGCAUAAUAUAAUUUUUUUUUAUGUUAAUUUGUCUAUUUACCCAUUCACACCUCUCUCGUUCUCGUGACCAAGUUGCCAAUUUGGUUGUAUUGUCUUCUAGUUUAAUUCUCCUCCAAUUUUAUUUCGCUCAGGUUACCUAGCCAUUGACAGUAAUGGAUAGUAGCCUGAGUAAAUAAAUACCCAGAAAUUUUAUAGUGUGUUAUAAUAUUUCCCUUGUGACGUUUAAUCGUUGCUUUUUUAUGUAAGAUCAGUACAACUUACAAGUCAUAUAUAUAUAUAUUUAUGCAUGUGUACAGUGCUAUGUGGAAAGUUAUAGUUAUACGAAAAAAAUCAGUCUUUCUAUCUCUUUAAUCCCUGUUUUCAUGAAGCACUAUUGUUAAGACAAUGAUGAUGAUUACUAUAUUGUCUAAUUGUCAUUUUCAGUUGUAACCUUACGAUUAUGCAUCUGUCUACCGUCCCAUCCUACUUUACACAGUCAUCGUUCAGUCAUAUGUUUAUAUUAAAAAAUCCCGGUCAUCGACCUCUGUGUUUAUCUUAUCUCAUUGUAAGUUUUAAUUUUUGAACUCAUUUAAUUUCUUUCCUGGUUUUUAUUUACUUGCUCCUUAAAUAUGACUUUCAUUACACACACAUCAAAAUGCACAAAAUUCCUUACAGAUAAAAAUAAAGAUGAAAUUGUACUGUUUGAAUACACAGCCUUUAAAGUCGUCAACGAUAAUUAACAACGAUUCUUUUUAAAACAAAAAAACACACGCAAGUGGGUCCGAAUCUUUUCACUUUGAAUUAGGCUACUAAAAACACAAUCAAUAACACCACUUUGAAUUUUUCUACAUCUUUUACACUAUUCACAGAAUGCAGUUUUCUAAAACUUUCUGUUCAUAAUUAUCCCAGUUAAUUCAAAUUUGCUUUGUCCAGUUGUUUGCCGAAUCAGAUAAACAAUUUAUAUCUAUCUAUCUAUUUCUGUCUGUCCGCCAGAAAUGUUGUUGUCUUUGUCAACGAAUGUCUCAGACUUAUUUUUCUUUUAUCUCUGUGUUAUCAUAAUAAUGCUGCCACCUUGUUUUGUAUAAUGUUUAUUGUCUAGUUUGUCUGUUUGUAUGCGCUUGUGCUUGUAUGUAUAUAUGUGUGUGUGUGAAUAAUUAUUGGUCGAAUGUUCUAAAUUCAGUUCUGUGUGUAUGUAUAUGCGUACGUGCUCGCGUGAGUGUGUAUUUUUUGUUGUUGUUGAGUAUUUCCUCUUCUUUUUCUACAUUUUCAGACGUGUUAUGUGGUGAGUUUUUGUUUAUUUGUAUUUUGUUUUUGGUUAUUAUGCACUUGAAUGACGGUUAGAAAACAAUAAUAAUAAUAAAUACAUUAAUUAUUGAUUGCUGACCAUCAAUCAUGGAUAAAUCAACACGAGAAAUCAGAGGAUUAAAUGUUGUUUGCUCUAGUGCAUCCACAGUAAUAUCUGUUAAUCUGUCUUCAUGUCUUAUAUACAUAUAGGUUGGAUUCCAAAUUACUCAUUAUGAUCUUGUACAUUAAAAAAAUUACCUUUCUUAAUACCACUUUUAUUAUUUUAAAUAUGCUUCUCUUUU